CACGCCUUUGGACUUGUAAUUGUACUGUACGAUUAUGGGUUAUGAGUCACUGAAUCGGUUGCUCGCUCACCCACCCAGACCCUCUCCCUCCCAAAGCGCUACCGUUUCCUCUUCUUCCCCCAUCCAAAAUCAGACUUAUAUAAAUUAUUAUUAUUAUUUUAUCUUGUGAUCUCUCUCAACUGACUCCAUUGCUAUUUAAGAAUCAUUUUCGAUAUUCUCUGGGCUCCAUCCUUUACAAAAUUGCCCUAAAAUGUGCUGGUUUCGUUCUUUCACCUCCCUUCUUCUUCUUCGAUUCUUCUCUCGACUGCCCUGAUUUUUAGUGCCCUCGGUUUUUUUAGUUGGGUCCUUUUUUUUUUUUUUUUCUCCUUUUUCUUGUGGGCUUUUCGAUGAUGGGAACUAGGGUUUGGCCAAGGCGGAUCGUGACGCUGCUCUGCGUGAUGGUGAUGAUUUGGGGGAGUCUGAGUUCCACCGCCGCCGACCCUAGUAGGGUUUCGAUGUGUCCUAGAGAGUCCGUUGUAGAUUUGAUCUUUGGAUUUCUAGAUCGAAGCUAUGCCGUUUAUGGCAGUGUUGAAUCUCCUGAUUUCGUUGGGGUUACCGAGGGCGAUGAGGUUUCAUUACAAAAGGCACUGAGUAUGGUUUACAAGAACAGUCACCAAUAUGUAGCUGUGCUCUUCUAUGCGUCAUGGUGCCCGUUCUCUAGGACUUUUAGACCAAGCUUCUCCCUCCUUUCCUCUUUGUUUCCUUCCAUCCCCCAUUUUGCGAUUGAAGAAUCAUCCAUUAGGCCAAGCAUACUCUCAAAGUACGGAGUCCAUGGAUUUCCAACUCUAUUCCUUUUAAAUUCUACUAUGCAUGAUCGGUACCAUGGCUCCCGGACAUUGGGUUCUCUUGUUGCUUUCUAUACUGAUGUUACAGGCGUCAAGAUUGCAUCGCGGAAUAAAGGAUCCCUAGACAAAAUUGUACGCUCAUCAAACCAUGAAAAUAAUGAUAACAAUGACCAGGAAAGCUGCCCAUUCUCAUGGGCAAAAUCUCCAGAGAAUUUGUUUAGACAGGAAACAUAUUUGGCUCUGGCAACUGCGUUUGUGUUUUUGAGAUUGAUUUACAUAUUUUUCCCUACUCUGCUUGUAUUUGUUCAGUUUGCUUGGAGAGGGCAUAUUCGGAACUUGAGAUUGGGGAGCUUCUUGGAGCAUCCUCGGGCCUAUCUGAAUGGAAUAAUACAAGUAUUCAAUUCUCUGAAGGAGCCUUGCAGGAAAACUAAUUUACAAGAAGGAGCGAUGAAUGCCAGGGCAUGGGCGUCCAAGUCCCUUGUUACGGUGUCAAUAGGGGAUGCAAGCACCAGCAGAGGUCCACCAAUUAGUGAAUGCCGCUGAGUUUUUCUCUGAUUGUGCGAAGGCUAAAAUUUGACAUCCCUGGUUAUAGUUUAAUGUUUGUGACAAUGUGAAAUAUGUUGACAUUGUUGUAUCCAUUUCUCAUUUGUCCAUAUGAUUUAGUACACAGUUUAUUUUGCCAUUUAAGAAGCAAUAAUUGAAAUCUAAUUUGUGUAUAUAUAAUAUUGAUAGACAUUGUGUCCAAACCCAUCUAUUUUAUUCAUUUAUGUUGGAUA